CUCUUUCUUCCCGAAAAGGACGUGGUGGGGAGCAGUGAAAACGCCUAUAAUUUAACCCCCUCCAAUAACAACCCACCAGGGGCAUAUUCCUCUGCAUAAACGGGCUCUUCACUUUCUCGCAUAAAAGGCGCAGACUUGAAUGACCCCAACCCAGAAAACUUUGCAAGGUUCAUGGGCGUUGAAGAAGCGAUGACCCCCGUGCAUUUGUAUAUGAUCUCCAGAGUUUGCAAAGAUGCAGCUGGGGCAGCUGGAAAUAUCUUUGCUAUUGGCCUAUUCGUGUCACCAAUAUCUACAUUCGGAAGAAUUGUCAGAAACAAAUCAACGGAACAUUUCUCUGGCUUGCCAUACAUAUAUGCCCUCCUAAAUUGCUUGAUUUGCAUGUGGUAUGGGUCGCCCCUUGUAUCAGAUGAUAAUCUCCUGGUUAUGACGGUCAAUUCAGCGGGUGCGGUGUUUCAGUUUGUUUACAUAAUUCUCUUCAUAACAUAUGCUGACAAAGCAAACAAGGUGAGGAUGACAGGAUUUCUCCUGGCAAUUAUUGGUGCAUUUGCAGUUGUAGUUGCCGGAAGUUUACAAAUACCUGAACUUGCCCUGCGAAGGAUCACUGUGGGGUUGUUGAGUGGUGCUUCUCUCAUAUCAAUGUUUGCUUCUCCACUUUUUGUAAUUAAUUUGGUGAUCCGGACUAAGAGUGUUGAAUUCAUGCCCUUCUAUCUCUCUCUUUCCACAUUCCUGAUGAGCACGUCCUUCCUUCUCUAUGGAUUGUUUAAUGAUGAUGUCUUCAUUUACGUUCCAAAUGGGAUUGGAACUGUCUUGGGUAUCAUACAAUUGGUAUUGUACUUCUACUUUAAGUGUAGACCUAAAGACAAGUUGAAGGAACCUUUGGUGGCACCGAUUGCAUGAGCAUCAUCGCUUCGAAAAGUAUAAUUUCCCAAUUGAUCCUUUCCCACACUGCACACGUGCUCUAAGUCCUUCUUGGGAUGGUUAACGUAGUUUGGUCUCGUGAGUGUCUUGCUGCUGAUCAUAUCUCUGCUGCCCCAAUUUCAGCUAAGGAAUUAUGACUUUGACUAUCUUCGUCCUGUUUUGGAAAAUGCUGUCCCUGUAGUCUUGGUGCAAAUGCUACCUGAGUUGUACCCCCUAAAUUAUUCUUUUAUUUAUUUGGGCAGCUUAGCAUGAUUUGAUCUAAUGAAACUUGAAACUGAGUGAGGUAAUCUUUUUCUAAUAAUUAGCAACAAAAAGAGCAUAUUGAACCAAUUUGAUGAUGCAGUGUUGAGGAUUUUUCUUUUUAUUGCUCAAACGGUAACUAGUUGCUGUCCCGGUCAUUGUUAUUGCCCAAUAUUCUUCAGGAGUUAAGUGUAAGUGCUAGAGAUUUGGUUAAUGGCUCUUUGGCACCUAUAAUGAGGAUCUAACGACUUAAUCAUUCAACUUAAGUUAAGGGGCAUAUCCAGCUGUUUGAGUUUAUUUGUUUUCUCACUCUGAUCAGGACUUGUGCGGAAGUAGGUUAAUAAGGUGGGCCUCAGUUCUCAAGAUAGGCUAAUUCACUACUGGUGAAUUCUGGGAGAGAUGGCAGUGCUGGUCAAGACUGAUGCGGUUAAAUUGGAAACCCGUGGCACGGCUCAACUUUAUAAGAACUACGUCCACUAUUGGCAAUGGGUGGAUAAAUAAGUUGCCAAAGUGAGGCAGAAAGCAGACGGUGCAAUACCACCUGGAAAAUAUUAAAUGAGGAAAGAUAGCCUGGCAUCAUUCAAUUUGCUUCCAGCAGUCAGAUGAGAAUUAGGGUUUUUUUCAGAAGACAUUGUGUAGCGAAUGAAGGAAGAGUGCUCCAAGAAAGUUCCUAUUCUGAUCAAAAUUGUUUCUCUUGAAAUGCCUCAAAUGAAUGAACUGCAACAUCUCUACUCA